CUGAUUCCCAUCUCAUGUGUGUAGCAAAAAUCUUUGACAAAAUGAGUGGCGGACUGGCGCCAAGUAAAAGCACUGUUUACAUAUCAAAUUUGCCGUAUUCGUUGACAAACAAUGAUUUGCAUAAAAUAUUUGAAAAAUAUGGAAGAGUAGUGAAGGUGACUGUGUUAAAGGAUCGAAACACCAGAAGAAGUAAAGGUGUUGCUUUUGUGUUAUUUUUAAAGAAAGAAGAUGCAUUGUCUUGUGCCAAAUCUAUUAAUGGGAAGGAGAUGUUUGGUCGUACACUGAAGAGUAGUUUAGCAACUGACAAUGGUCGUAGUGCUGAAUUUAUCAGACGACGCAAUUACCCUGAUAAAUCACGAUGUUAUGAAUGUGGUGAAGAGGGGCACUUAAGCUAUAAGUGCCCACACAAUACACUGGGUGAAAGGGAGCCCCCUCCAAAGAAAAAGAAGCUGCCAAAGAAGUUACAGCAGAGCAAUGAUGAAGAUGCUGACAGUUCUUCAGAUAUUGAAGACAGGUUAUGUGCUUUUAAAAGUUCCACUAAAGAAGAAGAGAGUGAUUUGUAUGAAUCUGAUGAAGAAACAUUGAGUGCAGCUAUUCGACUUGAGCAAAGAAAAAUGGUUCAAGAAGAUAAUUCCACAAUUCCGACUGAGACUACAGCUCACCGAAAGAGGAUAAAGCCUAGUACCUACUUCAGUGAUGAAGAGGAUAUUAGUGACUGAACACUUAAAUCGUUGUUUAGUGAA